CAUGUUGCCGCUGCUUCUGUUGCUGCAGCUGGUUUCAGGAAGCGGAAGCAGGAAUGUUGGAGUGUUUUUUAGAAAAGUUUGGACACUUUUGACAGUUUGGGCUCAGACUCGAUUGAACUGUGGAGAAACGUGACGCCAUGCCACCUGUUGCAGAUGUUGCUGCAGAGUCAUCAGUCCUCUGACUGAAUGACAAAAACAACACACACCAAAAUGGACGUCGGCGUUCUUGACAGACAACCCACCGCUGCUCCAGAUCCCACUGUGGGGCACGCCACAAUCGCCAAUGAGCGCCGUCAAGCCUGGGCCAGAAGCAGGGACUCCUUUGGGCAAGGGUCGAAACCAGACCGCUUUGAUGCCCAGCAGAUCCAAAGUAAUGGGACUGCACAGAGCCAAGAACCAGGACAAGUUCCUAGCAAGAUUGAAAACUGGCUGAUUGACUGCAGAACUCCUCUUGGAUCCUCUCUAGAUGAAAGUUCUUCUCCCAGCAAAGGAGUGAAGAUCGGCUGCAGCUUUGAAGAUGACCUUUUAUUGGGAGCUGACGCCGAUCAUCUUCAGUCCAAAAAUAAUAAACCUGAAGCUUGUUUUGAUUUCGUGGCGGAUCGGAAGAGGAUUCAGUACAAAGAGAGGGGGAGAAGUAUGAACUCCACAGGAUCAGGGAAAAGCAGCACUGUAUCCAGUGUUUCAGAGUUGCUGGACCUGUACGAGGAAGACCCGGAGGAAAUCCUUUUAAAUCUGGGUUUUGGUCGAGAAGAACCUGACUUGUCCUCGAAAAUUCCCCCACGGUUCUUCAACAGCACCUCUUCAGCGAGAGGCAUUGACAUCAAGGUCUACCUAGGAGCUCAGCUGCAGCGCUUGGAAGUGGAAAACCCCAACUACGCUCUAACCAGUCGUUUCCGUCAGAUUGAGGUCUUGACGACGGUUGCCAAUGAGUUCUUCCAGCUCUACAGUCAGGUUUCUGGACAACCUGUGAACAAAUUCACCAGCAAGGAUCAAGGUGGAGAAGGAGAAAAAGGAGGGCAACAAGGAAGUGCCGGUAAAGAUCCAUCUACUCUGAAGAGGACUAACUCAGCCAGGAACAUGGCCAAACUCAUAAAGAAAAUUAGCAAACAGAACUUGCUCGGAUCAACCGCAGAGUCUCCAGAGGGGGUCUCGCCAAACAAACGCGCACAGCUGAACGGACACACUGCUUCCCCCGAUUCUGCACGUGUCAAAGACCAUACUAGUAGCGGUACGGAUCAUGACCGCGCCAGCUCUGACCACCAGGUGGAGAUGGUCAGCCAGAAACACAUGCGCAGGAAAGAUAAUUUCCCCUUGGCUACCGUGAGGGAGGAGACCAAUGGAGGCGGCGAGGCUGAUCGGCUAAUGGAGAGCAGUCCUGAACAGAGCAGCACUGGGCCAGAACACCAGCCAGCUUCAGCUGACCUUCACACAACCCAUCAGAAAACAGAGGAGGAAGGUGAUCAGGUGGCCAAAGAUGAGACUGACCUCACCUUCACCCCUGAGAAAGCUCUCUCCAUGCUCACCCCACCUUUACUCGCCCAGCUUCGCACAGAGAACGCAGACUCCUUCGACAUGGAAGAGAUUCAGACUAAUGACGAUGAAGCCCUGCCAUCCAGAACAUCCAGAAUCACAGACCUCUCAAGGACCGUUAGUCAACAGUCUGACAGCAGUGGCUUUGCUGAGGAGCCUUCUGGUGAUUCCAGCAGCUACCUCAAGGUGCAGGAGAGUUGUGACAGCUGUGACAGUGAGACCACCGUGACGUCACACCCAUCACAAGACCUAGCCACACCUCAGCCACUUGACCAGCCUGCGUUUGAGCUUCCGGGUGGCAGAGAGGAGGAGCCAGGGUCCUCCACUCCUUUCAAGGCUGAACAGAGUGGCACUUCCAUGGAAGAGGCGGUGCAUGAAGAGAGCUUGGAGCAGGUUCCACUGUAUGCAGUUCACCAACUUCCCGUGAGCAGACUUGCAGGGGAAGGGGAGCAACUGGAUAUUAAGGACAGAACUGAUCCAGACACAGAUCCACAACCAGAUCAAACCCAGAGUACGGCUUAUGAGCAAGAACCACAACCAGUGAUGGAAAAUACUGAGAAUCAGCUUACUUCAGAAGAAGAACCGCAGCACACUGAGCCCCUGACUCUGAUUGAUGCAGAAAGAGCCACAGAGAGAGCUGAGGAAAAGACUGAUUCUGUUCUCUCCGCACCAACGUCUCCGGUUCUUAGAGCACUGAAUAGAGCCAAACAGAACCAGCUCAGGAUGUUGGGCCAGCACAAGAGCAUCCAGAUCGACAACCCGUCCCAAACCCCUGGCAGAACAAUAGGUAGACGUGGUUUGAUCCCCAUGCAAAGGUCGUCCUCCUUACCUUUGUCCCUCCUCUCACCUUCUAAAGUCGUAUCCUCUGUCAGGAUCCAGUUCGGUCAAGGCCAAGCAUUCUGUACCCCACCCAGGUACUCCAUUAAAUACGUUCAGGAGGAUGGAGAGCAAAAGGAAUAUGAGGAGAAAGAGGAAGAGGAGCAAAGCAACUGUGUGUCCACUUUGAUCAUAAAUCCUGGCUCUAAAGAAAACCCACCGCACGCCAUUCCUCCUAAACCCAUCCCUCGCCAUCUGAUGCGAUCGUCUUAUUCUUUGCAAAGCUCCAGUCCUCCCCCUGACGGCUCCCCGGACCAGGGCCAUUCUUGGACCACCCAGAGUGUUCCCGAUCUGUCAUCCAGUAAUCAUGAACUCAACCCCUUCCAGCUGAACACCAACCAAAGCCAGCAAAGUGCUGGUUCUGGGCGCAUGAUAUUCCCAAGACACCAUGCUCCAAUGCUGGGCUCAGAACCCAACCAUUUCCCCAGUCCUGCCACUUACCCUUAUCCUCCUUACCACUACGCCAGUCCUCCUUAUGGUUUUAAUCAUCACAGCCCUCCAGUGCAUCACUAUUCUAGUCUAACCAGUCUGCACCAGUCUGCAACUCCCCCACUCCCACCACAUGGCAGCCUCAUCAACUUGCAUCAGCCUUAUUCUUCCUCAGCCCCACACUUCGAUCUGGGUUGCUUACUUCCUGGAACUCCUCCGAUGCACCUACCAGAAUACUCAUUCAGCCAUCCACUACCUUUCCCUGCUGCUCCUCCAGCGCACCAGUUUGGUUCCCCUUACUACGGUACACAUGGGUACACACACCUUCCCCCCGGGCUCCCUCCUACUGCAGCCCCAGGUUCAGGACGAUGCCCGUCCAGCACCGAGAUGCAGCUGAGGAAGGUUCUGCACGAGAUCAGGGGAACGGUUCAGAGUCUCGGUCAGAGCCGGAUCAAUUCUCCUGAUUUGUUUGGUGAGCUCAGAGCAGCUACAACCAGCCAGCAGUCUGUGGCAGAGUUCCAGCAGAAGAGGCGCAGUCUAAACAUGUUCCGCAAUCAGAUGAUGGACCUCGAGCUGUCCAUCAUGCGGCAGCAGGCUGUCGUUUACAAGCACCUGAGUCCCGCUGACAGGAUGGAGGCAGAGCAGCUUCAGUCCCUGAGGUCACAAGUCAGAGAGGAACUCCAGGAGCUGGAGCAACAGCUGGAGGACAGACUGAUGGAGCUGACACCGCACUCAAACCUCAGAGGUCUUCAUAGAGAGGGCAGCGUUGACAGCCUGUCCACCGCCUCUGCACUGAGAGCCAUGGAGCCGGUAUCAGAGCUCCUCAGAGAGCAGUUCUUCCUCCAAUCAGAGCUGUGCUACGGUGGCCACGGCCCCUCCAGCGUCCCCUCCACCCGCUCGCCCAGUCCGGUCAGAAGGGAGGGAGACGAUGGCAAGCAGAGUCGAGGAGUGUAUCGUGCAUCAAUCAACAUUACCCCCGUCCCGCCUGCUCGACUUAACACACACACCGAGGAGGCGGAGGAGGGUCAGAAAGACGGUCAAGAGGUAGAGAGAGAAAAAGGAGAAGAACACGAGACACCGGAGAGGGAAGGAGAGGCAGAAAAAUUUAGACCUGACAACUUUCAACAACUUAUUAGAGAGAUCCGAGAGAGCGUGGCCCAGGAGGUCCGACGGGAGAUCUACAACGAGCUGCUAGCUGCUGCGUCUCCACAGGGCUCAACCUUUUCUGCCCGGCAACAGCCCAUGUAGCCUGGCAGAACGCCGCCCGCCAGCCUUAGUAACCAGGACCUGAACAAAAACCACUGCCUGUCUUUAACACUGUACACCCGAGUAACACUGUGCGACACUAUGUGCUUGUGACACUGUAUGUUGGUAACACUGAUGAGCCAUCUAUGAAAAACCCUGUUGCAGAUGGGGGAGGCUUCCACUUUCUUGGAGCAUCAGUGAAAAUUUCUCAACUUCUCACCUCUUUUUCUUUAUGUAUAAAAAAGCUGUAGUCAACUUCCCUGACAAUUCAGCUACCACUACUGCCACUAUUACCACGAGUACUGCAUCUAGAAUCACCACUACGAACAGCAUCUUGCACAAUAGUAGCAACACAGUACUUCCUGUUUUCUUUCAGUUGCAUCCAUUUUAAAGAUCUGUCUCCUAUAUUUGUGCCUCUAGCCAAACAGUUUAAUAUUAAUUUAACUUUAGCAUGUUUUUCCUCAACCUUUUUUUUUAUUAUGAUUAAUCAUUAGCUCCUUAGAUUCCAUAUCCAGUCUAUACAGUCAUAUUUAUGUUUAUUUACCACCAAAUAAAACAGCAGUUGGAAAAUAAAUCAGAUCUUACUGAAAUUCCUGUCGAGGUAGAGGCAGAAAUUAUUCAGACAGAUGUUGAAUAACCUAAAAGAGAACACGAGCUGUGAUUUCAUUUGCCAUGAAUAGAGUCUUUACCAUCUCUAACAUCUCUUAACAUCUUCUUAAAUUGUCUUAAUGGACAUUUUUGUGAAAGUUUGCUUUGUUCAGCCUUUCUUUUUGUAUUUUUGUUCAGUCUUUCUCAGACUCGCUGUGAGCGUUUUUGUAUCUCCCCCCCACUCAUUCCAUGCACAUUUCACCUUAGGAAAAACAGUUUUGGACAGUUUGAUUGAGAAAUUUGAUGCAUAAUCAUCCUCAUCACCAUCACCCUCAUCAUGCUUCUGCUCCAGUUGCCGCCUUUAAGUCGCCUUAUGCAACACAUUGUUGCUUCAGCCAGUUUAUGCUCACAAGAUGAAAUAGGAUACAUCUAUGAACUGAUGAACAGAAAAUAAACAUUCCAUUCUGAUUCUGACAUUUUUUUCUGCACCAUAAUAAAAAAAAUCAACAUUAACCUGCAUUAAAUUUCCUGGAAGAUGCUCAGUUUGCAGUAUAAAGAAAGUGGUCUGCGUACGUUGCCGGGAGGUGCUGGGGGUUAAAGGUCAGAGGUUUUGGUAGGUUGAAGUGAUGAGGAUGACUAUAUGUCGACUGCUCGGAUGUAAGAGCCUUCUUCGGCUUUUGCUGCGUUAGCAUGUUGGUUUCACUUGGAUGAAAAAUGCGUGCAAUAAUGUGAACACGUUGAAUAUGUUUUGAGGUUUUUCUUUGCUUUAUUUUUUAGGUUUUUGUUGGACCAUUGCAAACAUUUCAGAGUCCUCACUGGUUUGUGACCAGUCGGUAAAUUAAGAAAAGUACAUGUGUAAGUUGAAUGUGAUUUGCUGAGGGAACUGUCGGCUGUGAGACCUCUCAUUUUUUUAUUUUUUUUCCCCUCAUCUUAUUUGGACAAUAGCUGUACAAAUCUGUGCGCAAGAUCACAUUUGUUUGCUGAGAGUUGAGCUGUGUUGGUAGAAUUUGUGUAAACUUUAAACUGUAGCUUAAAACUAGCUUACUAUUUCAAAACUGAGUUCUCAGUCUCAUUUACAAUGGUUCUGCAGCAUGUUAAGCUGGCUCAGGUGUUAUCAUCAUGGGACCUUAAUGCAUAUUCUUCCAGGAAUGUGAAUGCUCCAACUUUUUCAGCCUGCAGUCAUGUUCACAAUCACAAACCUGCUGGAGAAACACUCUUUAUUACAUUUAGAUCAAGAAUCCACUCUUAAUCACACUUUACUGUCUGAAUGUUGGUGGUUAUGAAUUACUGUCCAUGUCUACUAAUAAUAAUGAUGAUGAUGACGAUGUGCAUUUUGUAUUGUGUCCUAAGUCUGAUGUAGGGAGGGGUCACUGUAGAGAUAAUAAUAAAGAUGUAUUUAUUUUCAGUACAAA